GCGCUCGCGCUGGUUGUGACUUUCGCCUCCAGUAAGGCAGGAGCUUGAGAGCAGUGUUAUUUGAGGCCACGAUGGAUCAAGCCAGGACAGCAAUUUCAAAAAUCUUCAAUGGGGAGCCGCGCUCCUACACUCGCUUUAACCUGACCCAGAACAUGGAGGGUGACAACAGCCAUGUGGAGAUGAAGCUCUCAUCUGACAUGGAUGAUGAAGUGGAGGCUAACGGUGUUGGGGAAAACACAAACCAACAUAAUCAUCCAUAUUACCCCAGCAAACUGAACCAGCGUUCUCCCAAAACCGUCUGCGGAUAUGUCAUUGGCAUUCUGUUCCUUUUCGUUAUUGGAUACCUCAUUGGUUACCUGUCUAAUAGAAGCACAGACAAAACAGAAAUCAAGUCAGAUUGUCCGGUCUUUAAUGAGAUUGCCCCAGUGAAAGCAGAAGCAGUUUAUUCGUUGGACUGGAGUGAUCUCAGGGCAUUGCUGAAAAAGAAAUUGACAACCGACAACAUUAACAGCAACCUCAA